AUGGCACAGGCGGGACGGGUCCCCUCUCCUGGGGCUGGCCUGGACCAGCCCUGCGUGUUCAAGCUGGUCCUCCUGGGAAGUGGCUCUGUGGGCAAGUCCAGCUUGGCUCUCCGGUACGUGAAGAAUGACUUCAAGAGCAUCCUGCCCACCGUGGGAUGUGCAUUCUUCACGAAGGUGGUGGACUUGGGCUCCAAGUCUCUGAAGUUUGAGAUCUGGGACACAGCUGGCCAGGAGAAGUACCACAGCAUCUGCCACCUGUACUUUCGGGGCGCCAACGCUGCGCUUCUGGUGUAUGACAUCACCAGGAAGGAUUCCUUCAGCAAGGCUCAGCAGUGGCUGAAGGACCUAGAGAGGGAGUCCCCCCCAGGGGAGGUGGUGGUGAUGCUGGUUGGGAACAAGACGGACCUCGGCGAGCAGCGGGAGGUGACGUUCCAGGAAGGGAAAGAGUUUGCGGAGAGCAAGAGGCUGCUGUUCAUGGAGGCCUCAGCCAAACUAAACCACCAGGUGACCGAGGUCUUCAACGCUGUAGCCUGGGAGCUCCUGCAGAGAGAAGAGAAGAAGGAGGGACGGCAGCAGCGUGGAGAUGCAGGGCUGGCUCUGAAUGGGGCAUCUGCCGGGCAGGCCAGAUGCUGCCCCCACUAGCAGCAGCCACGUUAGGGUGGGGGGCCUGGGGAGGAUGCCCCCCAGGCCAGGAGGCUCAGCACGGAGAGCCACUGCCUCCACCAAGGAUCUGAGUCGCCAUCAAACAGGCUUGUUCCCUGAGUCCCAGAGGUUCUGGAAGCUGGCAUCCACCAGUGUUCCCACUUCCCAGAGCCGGCGGGAAUCAUUCAGGAGAAGAUCCGGGGCUAGAGGGCUUCUAGGGCAGAUACAGAGAACGUUCACCUUUUAGCAUUUGUGGGCCCUGCUCCUGGGCUCCCAGGG